AUGGCGGCAGGAGACGAGCGUGCUGCCUCGGAAGUUUUGCGAGGUCUGGCCCGUCACCUGAACUGUCUCAACGAGGACAACAAGAGCACCAGGAAACGGGCUCUGGAUGCCAUCAAGAAAGAGACAUUUGAUAAAGGGCUUUCGAGCGCCGUGCUCCAGGAGGUAUUCGCAAGUCUCCUUAAACCGCUCUUGAAAUGCCUGUCAGAUCCGAUGGAGAGAUGCCGGGAGACCGCCGUGCAGAUGAUCGGGGACUUUAUUCGGUGUGUGCCCCAGCCGGAGGACUGUUUGCCCUAUCUCAUGCCCACUCUUGUCUAUCGGCUCGGUGGCAAGGAGAUUCUGGAGCCGGCAGAGGAACUUCGGCUAUCGAUGCUGGAGGUUCUGACCCUGACCGUGGAGGUCUGCGGAAGCUGCUUGGCUCCUUAUGUAGACGACAUGGUGAAAAUAUUGCAGAGGACAAUCGUUGAUCCCUUUCCGGACGUCAAAAAGGAGAGUUGUAAAUGUGCUGUACAUUUGGCUAAGUCAAUACCAGAGCAUUUCCACAUGCAGGCGGAGAGCCUGAUCAGGCCGCUGAUGCUGACCAGCUCACACCAGCACUCCCGCGUCCGCGUGGCGGCCAUCGAGGCCACGGGCGCGGCCAUCCGCUACGGCAGCGGCAAGAACGUGGACGACGUGCUCUCGCACCUGGCCCAGAGGCUGUUUGACGACUCGCCUCAGGUGAGGAAAGCUGUGACCUUGGUGGUGGGGAACUGGCUGUUGCACCUACCGGACAGGUACUCCUACUUCCACAAGCUGAUCCCUCUUCUCCUGAGCAGCCUCACCGACGAGAUCCCGGAGAUCAGGCUGCUGGCCGCGGAGCUCUGGAGGCAGACGGGUGCACAGUGGGAGAAGGAGAACGAGGAGGACCUGAAGGAUAAGCUGGACUUCCUCACCUCCUCCCCUAUGCGCUACCCAGCUGGAGUGGAGAGGCCGGGGCUGGGCUGCCGGGAGCUGGUGUGCCGGAACCUGUCGCGGGUGCUGCCGGCGGUGAGCAGGGACGUGGGGGACUGGCUGGCGGGAACGCGCCUGAAGACUGCGCAGCUGCUGCGCGUUCUGCUGCUGCACGCCGAGGACCACAGCACCCAGCACCUGCAGCCGCUGCUGUCCACGCUGUACCGCGGCUGCGCAGACGCCGAGCCCGACGUCGGCAAGAGCUGUCUGGAGUCCGCCGAGCUGCUGGGCACCUUCGUCAGCCCAGAGGUCUUCCUCAAACUGCUCCUGGCGCACGUGGAGAAUCCUUCCUCCUCCUCAUCUUCCUCAGGCCCGCUCAUGGUCUUGGCUGCGGUGCUGAGGGGAAGCUCUCGGGACGCCCUGCGCCCUCACCUCCUCUGGAUCGGAGGCACUCUCGCCCACUCCGACGUCUGUCAGGAAUCCCAGGAGACUCUGUACCUGGAUCAGUUGGUGGCUUGUGUGCGGGCGCUUCUCAGUGUGUGUGAGGGGGACUGUGGGGCCAUCAGCCUCCAGCUGCUGCAGGUCCUAGUGACAGUGCAGAGCCUGUCCACCGAGCCAGAGUUUCAAGACAAGGUGCAGCAGACAUUGAUGGCCCUAUGUGCAGUGCAGAGUUUGGGUGGGGUGCUGGAGCUGUACCAUCAGCACAUGCCCCAGCUGAUGGACUGGCUGUCUCACACCCAGCUGUCCUGGACCAGCUACUCCGUGCAGAGGCUGCAGCUGGAGGUCAUCGCCGUCCAAUCAGGCCCGGUGAUUGGAGAGUUCCUCCCCUUGCUGAUGCCCCUCUUGCGAGGCUGUGUGCAGCCCAGUCGAGACCCUGAGAUGAGACUGCACAUCUUCACCCUGCUGUCCCGCCUGCUGCUGGACGCGCCCAACACGCUGGACUCGCAGGGGAAGUUCUGUGAGCACCUGGAGGAGUUCCUGCUGGAGCUGCUGCUGCCGAACCUGGUUUGGCACGCCGGGCGCACCGCCGCUGCCAUCCGCACCACCACCCUCACCUGCCUGCUGGCCCUGCUGCGGGGCGGCGCCAUCACACCUGCGCAGCUGGUCAAUGUGCAGGAGAAAUUAACCCCUCACAUUCUGGCUGCGCUGGAUGAGGACUCUCAGAUGUCGCGUCUCCUGGCCUGUCGCUCUACCUCCUCCCUACUGAGACUCAUCGGAGAGGGUCUGCACCCUGACGCCCUCAACAAGAUCUACCCCGAGCUCCUGAAGCGUCUGGAUGACAGCAGUGAGGAGGUGCGGGAGGUGGCUCUGGGGGCCCUGGGCCGCUGGCUGUCCUGCCUGGGGAAGGACUACGACCUGCUCACCUGUCGCCCCCAUCUGGAGUUCCUGUUCCAGCAGCUGCUGCUGCAGCUGGACGACCCCGACAGCCGCAUGCAGGACAGGGUGCUGGAGGUCCUGAAGGCUGCCGGUGCGGUGCACCCUGCACUCCUGCAGCAGGAAGUGACGUCAGUGAGGGACAAACAUCGCAGCCCCGCCCACUGUGACCUGCUGCUGGAGCACCUCCACUCCCUGGCCCUGGGACAGGACUCGGCCUAGACACCACCAGGACAGCGGAGGCAGGGAUGAACACACAUGGACAGCCACAAAAAAAGACCUGGACAUGAACACACAGGCUGGACAAAGAUGCAUACACAACGGACACGUACACACACUAACACACACACACACACACACACACACACACACAACAACGACAGCGUACAGCCUCAAAGUGCAAAAGGGCAUGUCACUCACAUGCGCACACACACUUUUCAUGGGCAUUGAUUGCAGUUUUUGGGAAAAACAUUUUUAAGAAGAAGAGUGUCACAAUACC